AUGGCGGCGUCACAAGUGACCGGAAAUGACGUAAAGUUUACUUGGUCUCGCGUGAUUUUGCGAGAACUGUGAAGGAGAGUACUUCCGGUCAGGAUACAGGACACAGGCAAAAGCACACCAUGCGGUACAGUGAGAAAGAGCUCCUCAGCCUGGCCCUGCAGACACCAGACAGAGAAGGCAAGAUUCUGCACCGGAUGUCAGGCACCAAGGCAAGACUUGAAGGUUACAAGGACAGGCUCAUCAGACUCAAGGCCAACUUUCUCUUCUUGUUCAAGACAAAUGAACAAGGUCAGAUUCUGGAGCCUGUCGGAGCUGUGCUGCUGGAGAGAUGUAAAAUUCAGCCUGAACCAAAAGCUGACAAGGCCAAUGUAUUUUCUAUAGCUCUCCAGGACGACCCAGAGUGCAAGUAUUAUUUUGCCUGCAGAUCGUUUGAAGAGUGCACUGACUGGUUAACUGCACUAAGAAAUGCCAGCUAUGAGAACAUGAGGUCCAACAUCAUGCUUCUCCAGAGCAAGUUAUCCAGACAUACAGGACAGCAGAGACUCCAGCAUAGCCACAUCCCAGCAGCUGGACAAUGAAUUUGUGUCAUUAUCAGUUAUCAGUUAUUAUCCUGUUCUAGUUUACUACUCUGCUGACGUCCCUUCAAAUAGACUGGCACCUUAUUUUGCCUUUCAACCGCAGACUGAGGACGAAGUUUGACACAUUUUCGUUGGGUAGUAGUGCAAUAUGGCUUCACUUCGUCCCGCAUGUAUAGCAAUGCAACAAGAAUGUUGGGUUAUUUCAUGUGCAGAGGUUUAACAAUAAGACUUGCAUCUGAAGCUUCCAAAUGAACGGGGCCAAUGGCUUCAUGUUACCAUCCAAAAUGACGAAUGCAAUCCCUCACAACAUUUCCGAGCUGAGGCCGGUCGUAGAUCUUGCUAGGAUGAAACUCUAGUCCACGGAUUCAUAGGGUUUGAUCCAGAUGACCUUAGCAAUGAGGUUGCAUUUCUGUUUGCACCAGGAGGUACACUUUAAUAUCCUACUAUGUAUGUAAAAGCCCUGAAUGGUUGAUGAGGUGACGAUAUAGUUUCAUAGUUUCAGGUAUUUGUAAAAUACAUACCAAAAAUGAUCAAUGAGGCAAGGCCAACAUUUAGAUGGGGGGGGGGGCAGUCAAUUUUGUAGGGAAGUGGUAAGAGGAGUUGGAAUAGUAUGGAUGCAAAUGUACUUUGGUCUUCCUCAGAAAGUGCUUUUGAAAAAAACCCCAGGCAUUUUGGCCAGUUUAUCAAAUAUUUCAGUUGCUACAAACAUUUAGAUAGUUUCAUUUAUUUGUUUCAUGGUACAACAGUAUGUAAAAUUAAAAAAAGGCCCAAUUAUUGCCCAAUUUCUUCGAAAUGUCAUUGCUUGCCCAAUUUUUUUGCUUAAUAAGGUGGAAGAAAAUAAUGUCGGGAAGUCAAUUUCCCCAAAAUUGUGCAUGUGUGGUACAUGCAAUCCUUCUGAUUAGGGCAUGACAAUAAUGUUUGAAUGGGAUUGAAAACAUGAUGUCAGUGCAAGGGGCGUAACAGACCAGUCAAGCUUUUAAACUUUAAACCUCAGAUUACCACCAUAGAUAGUUAAGACAUACAAAUGUACAUGUAUAACAAAGAAAGGUUUGAAGUAAGCUACAUUGAAAACUUUAAGAUACUUCCGCUAUUGUGCAAGUUAGUAGAUGAAAUAAGCAGUGUCAAGUUACAUAUUAUGAAAUACACCUUUCAUGACACUUCCAAGUAGCCUGGGUACCAUCCGGAAAGCAGUUCGCUCCGGCGUUCAUUAUCUACUAUAUACAGUUGCUUCUAGCUCUGACGUUCAUUAUACACUAUAUACAGUCGCUUCUCUGUGUUUCCGUCUGGGAACGCGGACCAUCUUAACGUCUGGAAUUGUCCAAAUUUUGGAAGCAGAAGCUGAUUGGUCCCCACAUAUGAGCAAAUUAUGGAAUAUGUUCAAGUGCUCGUUCGAACAGGAGUUCCAACACAGGAUAAGCCUUCCGUCUGCUUGCGGAAGGUCUGUUGUCAUCAAAGGAGUGCUCUAGAACCUAUUCCUUGAUUCGCUGACAUGAACUGAUGUUAGCACCAAAUGGUUUGAAUGCGCAAGUCUCCAGAUGGAUAGCAUAAGCAAACUACUAUCCAGAUGGUACCCAGGCUAACUUCCAAGUGCUUCAGGAAUCUAUUCUGUAAUGUUGCUGGAUGCAAACCCACGUCACUGCUAUGUAUAAAGGAGAGUCAUGACUAAGGAU